CCUUCACACUACCAUUUUUUUUUUUUACUUUUUAAUCUAUUCACCGAAAAUACAGGAUUGAAAAGAUUCUCUUACGUCUCAUUUCUACUCCAUUUUUCUAUUCAUAUCUCUUCUUUUUUUCUCACAUCACCUAUCAUAUUUCACAUUUCGAUUUCGAUCUUGGUGGAAGUGUUUUUAAAGUGUGAAUCAAUUUUUCUGAGUAUCACUGUAGCUGAAUGUGGUGAAUGUAUCAGUGAUCGAUCGUGAGAGUGUGAAGAAGUUGAAGGGAAAGGGAAGAACAACAACAAGAAGAAGAAGCUUCUAACCUUUCUUCCUUCUUCACUGUUUACCUCUCAUGCUCGUAGCUUCCCUGGGAUAAGAAUGAGCGCUAUUGAAAUCGUUAAUUUAUCUAGUGACGAUGAAGGGCCCGAAGCUGCAGAAAAUAUAAGCUCUAGUGGUCCAUGUACAUGUCAUAGUCAUUCUGGUGACACUGGCCUUUUUUACGCGACACUGCCAAAUUGUGCACCACCCCCUUGUAGGCAGUUUUGGAAAGCUGGAAAUUAUGACAACGGACUUGGUUUGCAAGUCAGCAUCCAAAAUGCAGGAAACUAUCUGCAUGUCCACCCUAUGUUCCUUCACUCAAACGCAACUUCACAUAAAUGGGCAUUUGGUGCGGUGGCUGAGCUUCUUGAUAAUGCAGUUGAUGAGAUCCAAAAUGAGGCUACUUUUGUUGUUGUGGAUAAAAUUUUAAAUCCGAGGGAUGGAAGUCCAGCAUUGCUGAUUCAAGAUGAUGGUGGUGGAAUGGGUCCAGAAGCAAUGCGUCAUUGCUUGAGUUUCGGGUAUUCAGAUAAAACAAAAUUGGCAAUUGGACAAUAUGGAAAUGGCUUCAAGACUGGUAGUAUGAGACUCGGUGCCGAUGUCAUUGUCUUCAGUUGCCACCUGAAUGAUAUGGGGUGGACUCAAAGCGUUGGACUUUUGUCUUAUACAAUGUUGAUGCAAUCUCGGGUUGACAGAAUUGUAGUGCCCAUGGUGAAUUAUAAAUAUAAUCCAUCAGCUGGGCACAUGGAAGUCAUAAAUGGCCUAGAGCAUGGAACCACUAAUAUGUCCUUGCUGCUGCAGUGGUCUCCAUAUUCAUCAGAAGCAGAACUUCUGAAACAAUUUGUUAACAUUGGACAUCAUGGUACGAAAAUUAUUAUCUUCAAUUUAUGGUGCAACCAUGAUGGGGAUUUGGAACUAGACUUUGAUACUGAUCCCGAGGAUAUUCAUAUUGCUGGGCACUUCAAGAAAACUGAUACAACUUCUGCGAGGAAGAAGAUAGUAAAUGAGCAACACAUUGCUAACCGGUUUAAAUAUUCUUUACGUGUUUACUUGUCUAUAUUGUACUUGCGGAUACCAGAACAUUUUAGGAUUAUUUUGCGAGGGCAAGUUGUGAAGCUACAUAAUAUUGCAGACGAUCUUAAACAUAUUCAGUAUAUUUUGUAUACACCACAAAGUGGUGGUUCAAAAAAGGCAACUUUUGUGACAACAAUUGGAUUUCUUAAGGAAGCUCCGGAAGUUAACAUCCAUGGCUUCAAUAUAUAUCACAAAAAUCGGCUGAUACUGCCAUUUUGGCCGGCUGUGAGCUAUGGAAAAAAUAGGGGUAGAGGAGUUGUGGGUGUCUUGCAAGCAGAUUAUAUUGAGCCGACUCAUAAUAAGCAAGAUUUUGAGAGAUCUUCUCUGUCUCAGAAGCUUGAAAUACGCUUAAAGGAGAUGGCACUGGAAUACUGGGAUUAUCACUGUCAUCUAAUUGGAUAUCCGGAAGUCAAGCAUAAAGCUCCUGUUAGCCAAUGCUUUUCAUCAAUGCAGGAACCACUUGCUAUCGUAAUAUCAAAUGCAUCAAACAACUGUUCCAACUCACAAAGCAGAUAUGAGCAAGCACCUCUUGCCAAGAGGAAAACACGUGGGUUCAUAGACCCUCACAAGGCGAAAAGGCAAUCAGCGGAACUGAAUGUAAUAGGUGUUAGUUGCAGUCAGAAUGUUCAGACCAUGGCAUCUCCUGCAGACCAGGUGGUGGACCAAGAAGCUAUAAACAUAAUAGAAGCAAACAAGAAUCUCAUUGCAGAAUGUUUGGAACAUGAAAAGACCGAGGAAGAACUCAAUCUAAAGGUGGCACAGCUCAGAAGUAAAAUUGAAGAAGCUCAGCACGAGUAUAAUAGACUUUUGGCCGAAGCACAGCCCCUAAAGGAAGAGUGAAGUCUAUGCUUACUACUACCUUUCCCCUGAGGAUUUUGGGACAUUUGUAAGUAGAUAGAUGGAAUUGAGCAGAAGGAUCUGCCUUUUUUUAAAGGAUUGGAGAAAAGGUUGUGUUUUGUAUUUCUGUCUAGAAAGUAUACAAGAAUACUACAGAAGUGUCAAUCCUAUACUAAAGGAAAAACACGAAAUUACAGAUAUAGGGGGAUACAAAAUAUAUGGCAAUAAUAGACAGAUAGGGAGAUGGUUUCAAAUUUUGGAAUAUAAUCACAUCUGUUAGUGACUUGGUUUUUCCUUUUGCAAUAAUAGACAGAUAGGUACAUCUAUCGUUGAUAUUUUUCUUUCUGGUUUUGUUUACGUGACUUGGUUUUUCCUUUCACUCGUCGUUGUCUAUGCUUGAACUUUCCUACCAGUCCUCCAUUUCUAAUAUCCUUGCAUUUUUUUGUAGAAUAAUUUAAGCUUAACUAUGAU